ACGUCACGUAUUUAGAGAGGAACCAGGAAGUGGAGCACACAGUCAAGAGCGUCGGUCAAUAGACCGCUUUGACAUUGAGGUUGGUCGAAGGGACAAUGUAAUGGUUCGGACAGUCGCGACGAGAAAAUGGCACUUUAUUUUGUCCUUUUCUUGGCCCUCGCAAAGGCGACAUUUGGAAACGAUGUGGGGGAGGUGACAUUCGUGUCAGAACUCUCGUCCAAGCCAGCUCAAAAGUUGUCCAAGUAUGAUUGGUAUGGCAACGCCAGGUUGCAAAAGUUUCAUAUACCAGAUGACACUGCCAUCGCCAGCUGGGUCUUCACUGUAGUCAAGGGCCACAGCUUUCACUGCAGAGAGCGGAAUGUCUCCAUCCAUAUACGACACGGUGCUCCUCCGGUAAUAAACCCAACCGACACAGCUUUUCCAAACAUGACACUGUGGAACCCUCCUUACUCCCUGCUACUCCCAGUGACCUCGCUCAGCUCAGCAACAUUGAACGUCUCUUAUCCUGCACCCGGGGAAUGGUUUGUUGCCACCCACUUGCCUGAAAACGAUGGCCGCAUUGAGCAGAAGGGUUUCCCAUCGUGUUCCUACUUUUUCCAGCCUCAGCUGUCCAUCAGGAGAGCAAUCGACACACCCAUUAUACAGUCGGGAAUCAAGCUCAAAAAUCAGACGGCCGCCCCGAACAAACCCGCACGCCUUAAGUUGUAUGUUCCACAGUUUUCCUCGUCUCUUUCCGUCUCCGUGGAUGGCUGUUCGACAGCAGAAGCCGCGGGAAGUGCAAACUGUUCUCUGGCCCUCAGCCUGGGCUCAAACUCUCUGCUCCGCAAUCCCGCAAGAGUUAACUGCUAUGGGCUCAGGUGUUCCGCUUCUCUUGCCAACCCGCCUUGGGACACCUGGUUACGCGUUGUCGUGGAGAGCAUUCGGGACAACCAAACAGUGUUUUUCAACAUUGAAUCAAACUACUCAGUGGCGUGCAAGCCGAAAAGCGUUGGUCUUUCGGCCGAUGAUGGCGCCGGUCUCCGCGGCAACAACAACUCCUCCUCAUCAGCGAGCAACAGCUCCGCUGUGGCGAUAGAGGGCGUCGCCUUCGGCGAUCAGUCACGGUUGCUGAAUUUGUUGCCUUCUGCAUGCGUAUGGAGCAUCCCGGUCCUGUAUGACGAGACCGACGUUCUCUCGCUCCGAUUCGCUCCAGUCACCGGACCCAAUGUCAGCGUCAGAGCGAGCCACCCCACGCUCCUCACAUACCCUCUACCCGCGCAGGUUACCGGCGGGACACUCAACCUGCAGCUCACACUCAACACCACUUAUAUUACUCCAGGGAACAGCAGCACUGUGGUGGCUUGCUUCACUCCCCUAGCGCCAAUCCUCCAAGUCAGCAACUCCCUACAAUGCCACACAGAUUUGUUUGAAGGGUAUGGCGUGAAUGUGAGCACCAGUUUUCCCAAAGCUCUCAUCCGGCUGCCUUUUCCUCUGUCGGCAACGUGGUACCUCACCCUGCAACUCAAGUGCGACGGUGGGUGCGGCAAUGUGUCGACCGUGUACGUGGACCCAAAAGUUUUCGUCAACGCCUGCAUCGAGGACUGUGGCUCAUUUGGCGAAUGCAGACUGCUCAGGUCCUCCACCUACCUGUACAGCUCCUGUGUGUGCAAGUCUGGUUGGAGGGGUUGGAGCUGCACCGACCACUCAACAGCUCUGUCGUCGACCCACCAAGUCGUAGCCGCUCUGCUGCUCACCCUCAGCAACCUCAGCUUCCUGCCGGUAAUCUCGUUGGCCAUCAGGCGCUUCUACUUCACGGAGGCGUCCGUUUACCUCUUCACCAUGUUCUUUUCUACGUUCUACCACGCCUGUGACCAGCCCGGCAUAGCCGCGUUGUGCAUCAUGAGCUACGACACCCUCCAGUACUGUGACUUCCUGGGGUCCGUCUGUUCCAUAUGGGUCACUGUUUUGUGCAUGGCCCGCAUCGGGAAAACAGUGAAAUAUACUCUGUUUCUUCUUGGGACUCUGCUGAUCGCGAUGUCACUGCAGCUGGACCGCAGAGGUCUGUGGAACCUGCUGGGCCCCAUCCUGUCCGCCAUAAUCAUCAUGGCCGCCGUUUGGGUGUACCGAGGAGUUACGCGUCGCCAAUGUUACCCGCCGUCCUGGCGGCGAUGGGUCUUCUACCUCAUCCCCGGAAUACUCUGUGCUCUCAUCGGGGUGAGCUUGUACAUAUUUGCUGAGACGGAGGACAACUACUUCUACACGCAUUCCAUUUGGCACAUCCUUGUGGCCUCCUGUGUGCUGUUCCUGCUCCCGCCCCGUGACAGGAGCCUGGCUGAUGGCAACUGGACGGCGGGAUGGCGGCCGGAUUGGACGUGGCGCUGGACUCCUCGCAUUUGUGGGUAUACGCUGUGCCAGAGUAGCAAAGAUGACACAACGUCACAACAUCAUGUGACGCUGACACGGUGAUUCUGUCAAACUGCUGUAACACUCACACAAGAUGCACUUUAAAAAUGGAGCAUCUGCUUCUACAAUGUUUUCUUCAUUAGCAUCAACCUGCUGCGUUUUUCUUUUCUUAAAUCACCUUUAAACACUGUCCUUAUAAAAGGUAAUUUUGCAGACCUCUUAAAAUGACAUGUUCAUUCCAUUACCUCCUGAUCCAGCUUAGCGUGAAGACAUAUAAAUUCAGGUAGCCCGGCCAGAGGUUUGUACAUAUUGAUUGUGUCGCUCUUUUAUGAACUGUAUUUGGUAGUCGAUAUAAUAUAUGCUCCAAAUAUUUAUAAAUUCUAUCAUUUUAAUAAGUGAAAUUCCUGCUCAGUGAUGGUGUGAAUGCAAAUAUCUCUCUGUGUGCACGGUCCAACUGGCAACCAGUCCGAGCGUUGUCUGCCUUUAGCAAGUUGUCUGCUGGGACAGGCUCCCUGCAACUCUGAACAGUCAUUCGCUUUUAGGAUUUAUGGGCAUUUUGUUGACCUUCUACUCAAAGGAAAACUUGAAUGUAAAUGCGUGUGCUCUACAGUUGUGCUCAUAAGUUUACGAACACUUGGGGUAUGUAAAGGAGAACAACUGUACAUGUGCCUCCCCAUUUUUCCAAGUGUCGUGUGUUUUUGUUUCAUACCUCCGUUGUUUUAUAUAAAUUAUAUGCACUCCUUAUUUUGGGUUUUUUCACCGCACUGAUUUUUUUGCUCUUCAGAUGUUCAAACCAAUCAUUUGUUCCUUAUGAUCAUCAUAGGCUGCCUUUUGUCCAUGUUUAUGGGAGAGAAUGGCAUGUAAUGGUCAGUGAACCUCUACCUCCCUGAACACAAUUACUUUUUGUAUAUGUGUGAUUUACAAAGCAGCAAACAUAAAUCUGUAGUCAACAGCAUUGUGCGUUUUGUGGGAUUGUUUUGUUCACUCAGAUUUAAAAAAAAAAAAGUGCCGGGGGUCUUUAAUUCA